CGGCGCAGCGGAAUGACGUCAACUCCAGUCGACGGCGCUGCUCUUUAUUGUGUUUACCAGCCGCCCAGAUCCUCCUGAGAUGGAUCAAAUAUGUAGUAGGACACGACUGAUGUAGUGUUUUAUGAUAUUAUGGACUGCUCGAUGGUUUAGUGGAGAGAUUUCUGCAAAAAUGAACAAAGGUUGGCUGGAGUUAGAAAGCGACCCGGGGUUGUUCACACUCUUGGUUGAAGACUUUGGUGUGAAGGGCGUUCAGGUGGAGGAGAUCUAUGAUCUUCAGAGCAAAUGUCAAAGUCCUGUCUAUGGCUUCAUCUUCCUCUUCAAGUGGAUCGAGGAGAGAAGAUCUCGGCGUAAAGUCUCCACGCUGGUGGACGAAACCUCAGUUAUCGAUGACGAGAUCGUUAACGACAUGUUUUUUGCUCACCAAUUGAUACCGAACUCCUGUGCCACUCACGCUCUUCUGAGUGUGCUUCUGAACUGCAGCGGCGUGGAGCUGGGAACGACUCUGAGCCGCAUGAAGGCUUUCACCAAGGGCUUCAGUCCUGAGAGUAAAGGUUACGCCAUUGGAAACGCUCCUGAGCUGGCAAAAGCCCACAACAGCCACGCCAGACCGGAGCCGCGGCACCUGCCGGAGAAACAGAACGGCAUCAGCGCCGUGCGGACAAUGGAGGCAUUUCACUUCGUCAGUUAUGUGCCAAUCAAAGACCGGCUGUUUGAGCUGGACGGUCUGAAGGCAUAUCCCAUCGACCACGGGCCGUGGGGUGAGGAUGAAGAGUGGACGGAUAAAGCCAGACGGGUCAUAAUGGAACGAAUAGGACUGGCCACUGCUGGGGAGCCUUACCAUGACAUCCGGUUCAAUCUGAUGGCGGUGGUUACAGAUCGCAGGAUAAAAUACGAGUCUAAGCUGGAGACCCUGAAACGGAACCGGCAGAUCAUUCUGGAUGGGCUCCAGCAGGUUAGGGAGAAAAAAGUAAUUCGGGUGACCCAACAAGGUUCAGGCCAGGAUCGAAAGCAGCAAGACUCCUCCUCCUCAGAAGACACGCCUCCUGCUGUGAAAAAGGAGGAGGGGCAAGAUACGCCGAUAUCUUUGUGUGCAGAGCAGGCCACACCCACAGAAACUUUGGAAGGUGCUGCUGCUCUCCCAAGUCCUGCUGGAAAAGUCAGACCUAUGAUGAAGCCUGCUACCUUACCAACAGGGGGUGGUCCGCCACCAGCCCCUCUACAUGUUCCCAAUCCCAUUGUCCAGCGUCUGCCAGCCUUCCUGGACAACCACAAUUACGCUAAGUCCCCCAUGCAGGAAGAGGAGGAUCUUGCUGCAGGUGUGGGUCGCUCACGCCUACCUGGUCCCCCUCAGCCCCCAUAUUCUGAUGAUGAGGAUGAGUAUAAUGAUGAGGAGGAGUGCAGCACGGCAGGUGCUACAAGCAGCAGGGUCCGAAGAAAGGUUGGUCUACGUUCACGUACCAAGGGCCGAAGUGUAGUCGGUGCUGUUGCAGCAAUGGAGGGUCAGUUAGCACUCAGCGUUUUAGCUGAGAAACUGAAGAAGGAAGUCCAAAGGAAGGACUCCAUGGCUACAACAGGUUCCACAUCUCUGAAUGUACGCACCGAGGGUCGCACGGGUGGGAUCAGCAUCACCUCAGCAUGCCAGCCAUCGCCCACACCCAGUAACGAAAGCACGGAUACAGCCUCGGAAAUCGGCAGCGCGUUCAACUCACCACUUCGCUCGCCCGCGAGAUCGCAAGCAGCUACGCGGCCCUCCAGCCCUGUGGUGCCCCACUUAAGUCGUGUGCUGUUUGGAGAAGAGGAUGGGCUGAUUAGGUUAGAUGCCCGACACAAUCGAGCUGUCCGGGACUUGGGGGCGCUAGUGAGCUCCACAAUGCUGCGACUUCAAGAGGACGGCGUCAUGUAUGCCUUGCCAGCUACAGAAAUCUUGGAAGGGUUAAAGAAAGCAGGUGGUGUGGAGAAGAAAGAGAAUGAAGAGACGACUGGUCCAGGAGGAGAGGAAGAAGUGAAGGAAGGACCUUCAGUGGAGAUGAAACAGGAGGACGUCAAAGAAUCAGACGACGUCAAACCGGACAAGGAGAAGCUGUCAUCCACCAAUGCAGAAACCAGCACCAAACCUCCUGGAGAAAAAUACACCCCUAAAGAGUUGCUGGCCUUGUUGAAGUACGUGGAAGCUGACAUCGCCAACUAUGAAGUGUGUUUGAAAGAAGAAGUGGAGAAAAGGAAAAAGUUUAAGAUCGAUGACCAAAGGAGGACUCAUAAUUAUGACGAAUUCAUCUGCACCUUCAUAUCAAUGCUGGCACAAGAAGGUAUGUUAGCGAGUCUGGUGGAGCAGAACAUCUCCGUGCGUCGCAGACAGGGUGUAAGCAUUGGACGGCUCCACAAACAACGCAAACCCGACCGGCGGAAACGUUCACGACCAUACAAAGCCAAGCGCCAAUAAAUGCAAAAAAAGCAGCAACUCGACAACUCAAUCUUUUCUGAAGAUGAACAACGAUACCAAACACCUCAUUGACAGUAUUAGAUAUUGACGAAAAUAUUAUUUCUUUUUAAAUCAAGCUUUGUUUCACAUAAUAAACUGCCCAUGUACAAGUACAUCACCACUUCCAAAGCAAAUUGGUGAUUCUCACCAGAUGUUUAGAGAUACCCAACCCUUUUUCAUGUUGCCAUUACUUCAUGUACUGUAACAAGCUAAUUAUAAAACCAACAAUCAUUGGAGCACCAUUUUGGGAAAAUGAGUAUCUUGACUGAGUACUGGGCUGGACUGAUUCAGGCUAAAAAAAGAUCCCAAGAAAUACCAAUCUCCAGAAAUCCCAGAUAUCUAGUCAAGGUGCUACCAAAGAUAAUGGCGCUCCAAAUUCGCUCAAACAGUGCAGGGCAUGUCUGUUGUUAACAAAUGGACCAAUCGUCAAUCCAGAUGGGAUUUUAGAUUUUCAAUGUCCACAGCCGUUUUUGUUCAUAAGAUAAAUAGACAAAAAGAAUCCAAGAAGUUUUGAGACUGUAAACUUGAGUUGGUUUGUGUAUGUGUAUUGGUUCAUUUCAUACAAAUCAUCUCAGCAAGAGUUAAAGAAGAAAAUGUUUUUGGUUGAAGUUCUUCACCAUUUUCUUGAAGAUUGUUUUUAUUGGUAAGGAAUAGGCCAGUGGGUUUUGUCUCAACAUGUUCUGUUUGUUUGUACAUAUGUAUUUGUGUAUCAUCUGAUGUCCACACAGGACUGUCAGAUCUAGACAUUGAAAUAAAUGUUUCGAAUUACA